UGUAGACCUGUUGUGCCGGCUGUGCUCUCGUCGUCGAACUCGUCGUCGAACCACUUCCGUCCACCCUUGGGAAAGCAUGUUGGCUGCCGAUAAGGACCGGCUGGUGGCCGCGCUCAAACAGAACGCGCUCGCGCUGCGACAGAAGGAGCUCGACUACUACGUCGAGCGCUACUCCAACAUUGCGACUCAGGCGUCGAUCGUCGCCGGCUUUGCGUUUGACUCGCUCGUCGAGCUCGAAAUCUCGGACGACAUGCGCGCCGCCCUCGCGCCGGGCGGGCGGUGGAAGGCGGAGCUGCGUUGGAUGGAGACGGUCUACUACGGCUCUGCGUCGCUCACCAUGGCCCUCGCCCUCUACACGGUGUGCGUCGCCAGCUUUGCGACGGUGUACGGGCACCGGCUCGCGCUGCAGGGGCCGACCGGCUCGGUCGAGCGCGCGGUGGCGGUGAUGAUGAAGCAGCGCCACUCCAUCUUUGUGAUGUAUGGCCUCUCGCUGCUCUCGCUCGUCGUCGCCGCCAUCACCAUGUCGUGGAUCAAGAUGGGCGUCGCCGCCACCUUUGUCAGCGGCAUCUUCCUCGCGCUGCUCCUAGGGCUCGUGCGCAAGCACCAGCAGAUGAAGGCGCUCUUCCGCAUCCCUCAGGAGCACAUGGUGCAGGGCGACGUGCGGCUCUUUGCAGGCGCCGAGCACGUCGACGUCUCGCGCCUCGAGGCGGGCUUUGGCGAGGCGGCGUCUGCGCCGCCGGGAGGCGGGCCGCCGCACGACCAGGGGGCGUCGCCACCGCCGCCGCUCUCGCCUGGCCUCCCGCGCGGCGGCAGCAGCAGCUGCGGCGGCAGCGCCACGGCGAGCGCGAUCCACGUGAGCCCGUCGCCGCUGCCGCCGGCGGCAGCCCCUUCGGCGGGGGGCGGCAGCUGCUCUCCGUCGCCGCUGCCGUCCAUCGCCGAAAGCUCGCGCUCCGGCAAGUCGCGCGGCGCCGGCUCCAGCGAGAGCGAUGCACGGCUGCCGCUGCUGCGCCAGGCGGCGCCGGAUGCGACCGGCACGCAGCCGCUGCGCUCCGGGACGCCGCCCUGAGAGAACGAUUAGAGAGACGGAGAGGGCGGGAGUCGUCCUGGAGAAGGCAGAAGUGGAA